UCUCUCUCUCUCUCUCUCGGGGCUUUACUCGCAUCAUCACAACCAAGAUGGCGGCGGAGCGGACAGCCGGCUCUGCUCGGUGACGGACAGAAGAAGGAGUCUCUCUCUCGGGGUUCGGACAGUUCACGGUCACAGGAGGAGAAACACACAAUCAGAACCAGACCACCUGAUCGAACAGCACCGGUCCCCUCCGCCUCUCGGCCCCGGGUCCGUGAUGAGCCAGCACCGGUAGACGACACCGGCCGGGCGGAGUUGUGAGGACCGAUUUGACGCUCGCGAACGGGGGGCAGUUGGCGGGGAUGGGAGAUGAUGGAGGACAAAGGCCCUCGUGUAGCCGACUACUUCGUGGUGGCUGGUCUGACGGACUCGUCCAAGCCGUUGGACCAGGAGAUCCACUUUGACGAUGUCUGCCACAAGACGGCCAAGCCCAAAGCGCCCGUCACCGACGUGGCCCUGGUGAUCCGCUCGAUGGGCGAGGAGGUGCCGCCGGGGUUCACCUGCAUCGAGACGACGCCCGGCGGCCAUUCAGCCGAUCUGAACAACGGCGGCCUCAUGGCGCCACAGAUCUUCAUCUGCUACAGGCGAGGUCGUGACAAGCCACCACUCACUGACCUUGGUGUGUUGUUUGAGUGGAAGGAGCGACUGAAGCAGGGCUGCCACCUCAUCCAGACCACGCCCACCGGUCGUCCGGCCAACAUCAGCGGCAAUUCCUCUCAGCGCAUCUACGUCACGUACCGCCGGGCGCCCGAGAGUCAGCCACACGCCGCCCUGGCCGUCACGGACAUCUGCAUCAUCAUCCCGAGCAAGGGGGAGUCACCGCCGCACACCUUCUGUAAGGUGGAGAAGAAUCUCAACAGCAGCAUGUGGGGCUCGUCUGUUUACCUGUGUUACAAGAAGUCUGUGGCCAAAACCAACACAAUAGCCUACAAAGCAGGUUUAUUCAGCAGAUAUCCAGAGGAGGACUAUGAGUCAUUCCCGCUGCCGGAGUCGGUCCCUCUCUUCUGCCUUCCCAUGGGGGCCACGAUCGAGUGUUGGCCGGCAAACACCAAAUACUCCCUCCCUGUAUUCUCCACCUUUGUCCUCACAGGAUCCUCUGGAGAGAAGGUGUACGGUGCUGCCAUUCAGUUCUACGAGCCCUUCCCACAGGAGUGCCUGACCGAUCAGCAGCUCUCCCAGCUUGGCCUCCUGAGCCUGGAUCCACCCAAGCCCUCCUCCGCCUCCCCGAACCCUGCGGCUUCAACCAGCGACAACACCAGCGGCAACACCAGCGACCCCCGCCUGGUCCACACCAACAAGUGCAUCUGUCUGCUCUCUCACUGGCCCUUCUUUGACGCUUUUCGCAAGUUCCUCACAUUCCUGUACCGCUACUCCAUCUCUGGCCCUCAUGCCCUGCCCAUCGAGAAGCACAUCUCUCAUUUUAUGCACAAAGUUCCCUUCCCCUCCUCUCAGAGGCCUCGCAUCCUGGUGCAGCUUUCCCCUCAUGACAGUCUGAUGCUGAGCCAGCCAGUGUCUUCUCCUUUACCCCUCAGCGGUGGCAGAUUUUCCACGCUGCUCCAAAACCUCGGGCCAGAGAACGCCAUCACCCUGCUGGUGUUUGCCGUCACCGAACACAAGAUCCUGGUGCACUCGCUACGACCGGCCGUACUGACCAGUGUCACUGAAGCGCUGGUGUCUAUGAUCUUCCCGUUCCACUGGCCGUGUCCGUAUAUUCCUCUGUGCCCCCUGGCGCUGGCUGACGUGCUGAGUGCCCCUUGUCCAUUUAUCGUGGGAGUGGACUCUCGCUACUUCGAUCUUUAUGACCCCCCACCAGAUGUGAGCUGCGUCGACCUGGACACAAACACCAUCUUCCACAAUGAAGAUAAGCGAGCGCUCACAUGGAAGAUCCUGCCAAAGAAAGCCUGUAAAAACCUGAUGAAUGUGCUGAGCAAUCUCUACCAGCAGCUGGUCGACGGUCAGCAGCGACCCGACGGGCUGCUGGAGCUGAGCAUGAGCGACUCGUCAGAGCUGAGCUGUGGGAAGAGUCUUCACACGCUGGAGCUGGAGAUCCAGGAGGCCUUCCUGCGCUUCAUGGCAGCCAUUUUGAAGGGCUACCGGUCCUUCUUACGACCCAUCACCCAGGCGCCGUCGGAGAAAGCCACGGACGCUAGUUCGCUCUUUGACCUACAAGGCUUCUUGAAAAGCCGCGACCGCUCUCACCAGAAGUUCUACUCGCUGAUGACCAAGACCCAGAUGUUCAUCCGCUUUAUCGAGGAGUGUUCGUUCGUCAGUGACAAAGACGCCAGCCUGGCGUUCUUCGACGACUGCGUGGACAAACUGUACAACUCAGAGCGGAGUGCAGACAAAGGAGGGAAGGUGGACGGUGAGAAGCCGGAGGAGUCCAGGCUGAUGGAGUUUGACGAGUCCCAGCGCAGUGAGCACACGGUCUUCAUCACACCUCCAGAGCUGCCCCCCCUGCCCGAGGGGGAGGAGCACCCGCUCUGCUACAGGUACGAUGGUUUCCCCGUGUUGAGUCUUGACCUGUUUGACCCCGUGGAGGGUCUGCGGACCCCCUCCUCCCGCCUCGCUGCCAGACACAGCUGCCCCACCAGCCCUGCCCCCAUGUUUAGACGCACCAAGCAGGAGAUCAAAUUGUCCCAGAAGAUUGCAAAGAAAUACUCCUCCAUUCCUCAGCUGUGGUCCAAGUGUCUGCUCCGUCACUGCUACGGCCUGUGGUUCAUCUGUCUGCCGGCGUACGUAAAGGUGUGCCACUCCAAGGUGAGGGCCCUGCGUACGGCCUACGACGUCCUCAGGAAGAUGCAGGCCAAGAAGCUGCAGCCCCCUGACGAGGUGUGCUACCGGGUGCUGAUGCAGCUCUGUGGACAGUAUGGUCAGCCUGUCCUGGCAGUCAGGGUCCUCUUUGAGAUGAAGAAGGCUGGAAUCCACCCCAACGCCAUCACAUACGGCUACUACAACAAGGCGGUGUUGGAGAGCACGUGGCCCUCCAGCACCAGAGGAGGCUACUUCCUGUGGAUGAAGCUGAGAAAUGUCGUUCUCGGCGUGGCCCAGUUCAAACAGGCUCUGCGACGCCAGGGCCCCGUCACCCAGAGCCCUCUGUCAGAUGGCAGCGACCUGGACGCUGUGAGUCACGGCAGCCUGGAGAGCUCUGCCGACACUAACCCGGCCGAGCAGGGCCCCUACGCCACUGACUCCGUCAAAGUAGACCCCACUGACGAUAGAUCUAGCACAGUUGGCCGUGGGGGCGGCAGCGUGGGCGCCAGGGCCCCGGUGGCCCACUCCCACUGGGGGGGCUCUGAGCUCAGAGAAGCCACCCUCCACCCAGGAGAUCAGUCAGAUCUGGGUUAUAACUCGCUGUCCAAGGAGGAGGUUCGGAGAGGAGACCCCAGCUCCCAGGACGCUGCCCCUGACAAGGAGGAAAAGAAGGAGAGCGACUGCAGCUCCUUAUCUGAGACGGAGAGCGCCAAAGGAAGCAAAGACUGCCUCCCUCAGCUGGACGUGGAGGUCCACUCCUCCUUCAGGCCGCGGGGCAUCGUCCGCAGCAGCUGUGCAUUUGACGACUCGUCCUGUAAACCCAAGAGCUCCGUGAGCACAGGACACGUCGCAGGUCUCCUCUUCACCUCCUCCCUGGAUGAGAUCUGCGAGGUCCAGACCAACAGUCUGCUCAGGAGACACAGGAGCGCUCUGGAAGAGGUGGUGGGCAGCGCCAGCAGCGGCUCGGCCCUCGAGUGGCAGGGGGUCAGGGGUCGCCGUCUGAGUGGAGACACGGUGGGCAGCAGCGGCAGCGGCACCACCGUCCUCGGCCUGGGGAUGAGCCAAGGUGAAACAGACCCAGAUAAGAUCGCAGGUCACCUGGGCGCCGACGCCAGAAUUCUCUCCGCUGCCAACUUCAGUAAGAGCAAGAGGCCCCGUUCGCUGGCUUUCGGCGGAUCAGAGGGCGAUGCUGCUAAGACGAGCGCCGCCAGACGUCUGGAUCACAGGGAGGAGGAAGAGGAGAUGGAGGGACAGGACUCCAGUGAUGAGGACAGAAGUAACACAGAGGCCAUCUUUGAUCUGGAGGAUCUGGAUUUAGACAAGCCUGCGACCGGGCCUGGCGUCAACGCUCAUCAAGGCCACAAACACAAGAAACUCGUGGAACGCAGCGCCAGCUACGGUGCCAUGAGCCCCGGGGCGUCCAGAGGAGCUGUGAAACGCACAGGCAUCGAGAUGGGCUACGACCCUCUGUCGCUGCUGGCUGCAGAGUCACAGACCGAGCAGCAGGGUGAGGAUCGGUACCCAGAAGGUGACGAGGGGAGCACGCCGAGCGCCGGCAGGCACCUGGCCAGGGAGAUAGAGCUCUACAUGAACCACAUGGGCAGCCCGCUGACCAGCCGCACGCCCAGUCUGGACCUGCAGGACCCAGCCAGCCCCCUCCUCCUCCAUCCCUCUUCCAUCUGCGGCCCCCGCAGAGCCAGCCUGCCCCACAGCUCCUCCCUCAGGACCGCUGGAGUACCGCGCUCCUGCACGUACCACCCGCCCUCGCCCUCCCAUCCCAUCUCACGCCAACGUCUGUGGUCGUCGCCCCCGCGUCGCAGCUCGAGCACCACCCCCAGCCCCAGCCCUCGACCCAGCCCCUACAGAGAGCGGGCGGACAGGAUGAGCCUGGCGUCGCCUUCACCGUCCUCCUCGUCCUUCGCUCUGGACACUCUGCUCACACCAACGCUGGAUGUCUUCAAAACCAGUGUGGUCUCUGCUGGGAAGGGGGUGGCAGAGAAGGCGAGCCGCUGGUACUCUCGUCUGGCCACGUACACCACACCCACCAAGGACGGUCACGGUGACCGUCUGAGUGUCGGGGAUCCAGACGGCUCGUCCCUGCUGGACGAGGAGGACGGGGGGGGGUCGGAGAGCUCAGUGGUUUCUCCACAGAGGAACGGCCCCCGACGCAGCCGACUGGACAGCCCCUCUGCGGGCUGCAGCCAAAUGAGACCCACGUCUCUGCUGCCCGGAUGCGUCCUCUCGCCCCCCGGCUUCUCUCUGCCGGACAAGUCGGACGCCGGCUCCUCCCACUACACCAGCAACACCAGCAUCUUCAACAACUACGCCAUGGAGCUGCUGAUCUCCAGCUGUUCUCGCUGUAAGACGUGCGACUGUCUGGUGUACGACGAGGAGAUCAUGGCCGGCUGGACGGCGGACGACUCCAACCUGAACACCACCUGCCCCUUCUGCGGAAACCCCUUCCUGCCUUUUCUCAACGUGGAGAUCAGGGACAUGAGGGGACCCGGCAGACUUUUCCUGAAGGGCAGUCCGUCAGUGGACGAGGCAAUGACGUCAUCGUACUCCGCCUCAACGGGUUUCGACACGGGGACGUCCACCUUGUCCACACCCUGUCCCGCAACAGCUGUCUCCCCUCUGUCCCCCGUGGUAGCUGUCCAGGAGUCCUCGGGAGAUGGAAGGACCAGAGCAACCAGGGCUCAAGGUAUCAACAUCCCCUCAGGAUGCCGGCAGGGGAUGGCGUCCCCUGGAGCGCCCAUGGCCCGUAGCGUCAGCACCUUUAAUCCUCUGGAGGAAGCAUCCCGACCCAGCCGCUGCGUGCCGACGUCGGGCAGCCUGCCCAGCCGUCUGAAUGAAGCAUCGGAUCCACUGAACAUGGAGUGGCGCCUCCACAACCCGGAGCCCGUGACCGUUCCCUACCUGAGCCCGCUGGUGCUGUGGAAGGAGCUGGAGAGUCUGCUGGAGAACGAGGGCGACCCGGUGAUCACCGAGGCCGACAUGGUGGACCAUCAUCCCAUCAUCUACUGGAACCUGGUGUGGUACUUCAGACGACUGGACCUGCCCAGCAACCUGCCCGGACUCAUCCUCACGUCCGAGCACUGCAACAGAGACUCUCAGGUCCCUCGUCACUGGAUGUCCGAGGACAGUAAACACGUGUUGAUCCAGAUCCUGUGGGACAACCUGAAGCUGCACCAGGAUCCCAUCCAGCCCCUCUACAUCGUCUGGAACACCUUCAGGCUUAAUUGUACUCUGUUGUUAGAGAAUGUCGGCUACCCUCUGUCCCGGCCGGUCCCGGAGGAGGAGAAGCCGUUCAGCGAGGAGCUGCUGCAGAGCGUGGUGAAGAGCAUCCAGAGGAACGACAUCAGCCGGCCGAUGGCUCAGCUGCUGCAGCUGCUGGCUCAGACGCUCGGGGCCAAGAGGCAAAGGAGUUUGUACAGAGACGUCCUCUUCCUCUCCCUCGUGGCUCUGGGCAAAGACAACAUCGACAUCGACGCCUUCGAUCGUGAGUACAAGUUGGCGUACGACCGCCUCGUGCCGAGCUUGGUGAAGCUGACCCACAACUGUGACCGUCCUCCCAGCACGGGGGUCAUGGAGUGUCGCCGGACGUUCGGCGAGCCCUACCUGUGAACCCCCCCCCCCGUCCGUCCGUCCGUCACACGCCCGGACGAACUCUCAUCGUCGAACGCUUCAAGACGAGCUCAGGAAACCUGUUGGAAGACUGUGAAUGUGCACUCAGAGAUCAAAACGGUACAGUGGACUGUGGUCAGCGUGAUGUAGCCUGAAACGCAACGAGAAUCACUUUUACAGACGACGUCUCGACUCCGUGACGAAGGGAAACCAAUGCACAGCGUUCGUGAACAUCCAUCGUUCACCUGGUUUCUCUGGGAAAUCCUGUGAAAACGAUAUAUAUACAAACGGCAGCAGAGGAUUUUGUUUUUUAAAUGCAGCAUUUAUAUUGUAUAGUCACAGUAUAUGAAGACAGUUAGCAAUAUUUUAAUUUGAAGUCUAUUUAUACAGAGUCAGCUUUAUUUAUUCUAGCGUUUUAUCGUGUCCUGUAGUCGCCGCACGUCGUUUUCUCCGCCGCUCGUUUCCAACAACACGCGGAGAAGAUGCCGACGUACGAAUUCAUGUCUGUUGUAAAUAAUUAACCACGUUUCCGAAGGGGCAUAAAAACAAACAUUUAAAUUGGAGCUGCAGUAAUAACGAAUGAGACGUUCUGAUACUUGAUUCAUCGUCAUUAUUCGUUGAGCUCAUUCUUGUCAGAUAAUAUUUCCGUCACGAGUUGAAUCGAGACCGAACCUUCGGCUGCAGCUCUGAUGUAAACGUGUUCAGCACCUUUUCAAGCUGCCUUGUUUCAUGUCCCGCUGCUUUAACUGUCAUUUCAUUUCAAUGUAAAGUUCCACGUCGGUGUCGUUUCGGUUUGUUUACACUUCAGUGACUUUUUAAAGUUUCCUCACGUUUCGUUAACCAAUCAAACGUCAGUGUUAGGGUUCCUGUGGGGAAGCUGCGGACUGGAGGCCGGUGUGUGAUCAUGUGAUGCAGUUUGCUCCUCUCACCAAGAACAUGGCCGACGUUUCUACAACCAAAUCCCGAAGAGACAAAUAAAAACCGGAGCUGUCGUCGUGAGUCACUUAAACCGUAGAAAUCACCUAAACCUCUGCUGCGCGCCCCCGGGCCUCGACCACGAAGCCAGUUCAACCCCGGAUAUCGUGAACCCGGCUUCACUCAACCCGACACGGGCCGUCCUGAGAACCUGAUCUACGAAGCCGGUUAACUUUAUAUACUGUGAUGAACUCUCCCUCUUUUUGUCAGACGCGGUUUUAAAACCACAAGAAAAGCCUGGAACACAAGAACGAUUCAUCUCACUGUCAAAAUGUCUGUCACAGGUUCUGUUUCUCACUUUACUGUAGCUGCAACUCGGGAUCCUGUAGAUCAUCUCUCUGGUUUUUAUCUCUUAUCUUAAACUUAAACCGGCUCUUAUUAGCGCUUUAAAUCCAGAAUUUAUUAAAUCCACGACCUUUCAUGGAAACUGGUUUGCGUAGUUUCCCAGUAAACCUGACGACACAACGUCCUCGGCUUCCGUAAUAAUAAAGAAUUCAGCUCAGAUCCUUUCUUUUUAUUUCUAAAAAAAAAAAAAUCGAAAAACUUUAACUGUGUAUUUUCUCUUUAAGUCAAACUAAUAUUAAUGUUUAAACAGAUUCUGGAUCAACUGGAUUGUGUCACCGGGACAUGACGUGUUGUCUUCAUGCGUGUGUUGAUCAAACAUGACGACGCACUGACACGCUGGUUGCAGGAGGACGUCCAGGGUCAAACCUCAAGGGCGUCUCAUGAAUGUCAAACCGUGUGAGUGUGUGUGUGUGUGUGUCUGUGUGUGUGUGAGUGUGAGUGUGUGUGUGUUUUAUCUGUGGCAGAGGAAACCAAAACAGGGAAAGUCUGGAAUCUGCACUUUGACCCUUGACAGUGAACUUUCAGCCUUAAACGCUGGAGUCCAGGAGGAAGCUCGUGGACGGCAGCGGCUCGGGGAAGCUGUCGUCCGUCUGUGGAUCUUUGAUGUUUGUGUUAGAGAAGAAAUAAAAAAAAGUUGUACAAAUGACUGAUUUUUGCAGAAUCUGGGGCCGUGUACAUUUUAACGGGCCCUUUGUAGAAAUCACGUUUUUCUAACAGUUAGUUCAGACGCGGUUCUGAACUGAGACACCGGAUCUACGGGACGGAUGGACUGUCAAUAAAAUCAUGUACGAGCUCAA